AAAUUCUGAACUAAUCACUUACCUUAUAAAUUAUACUACAUCUUUAUAAGUGAUGAAAAUAUUUUAACAUCACACAUGCCUACCAAAAUUCUAUUCGGUACACUAAUUUCGCUAAUUGGCCGGAAUAGCGAAAUAACUCUCUAUAACUGAACCUGGCUCGAUAAUCGCAAGAACUGCGAAGUCGACGAGAGUUUCGUGACUUACGCAAUUUAUGGAGCACCUUAAUGAGCAUCACACUAGCACAUUAAUUUACUCAUCGAUCGAACUAUUCUAAAUAAUUUAUCAGCUUACCGUUUCCACAGCUGACACGAAUCCACGAGAUCGGUAGCGAUUUUCCGAUCCAAGCAAUUUGUCGAGCGCUUAGGGAAUAUCGCGCUGCUAGCUUCGUCUUCACCCGAUUCUUGGGAUUUUUUUACUGACGCGCGGAACGACGACGAGAUCGUGUCCGAGUGAAUUUUAUGACGCGGACUGGGGAAGGACUUGGCGAUAACAAUGAGCUGGAGCGUUGGUGAGCUUGAAAAUUCAAUGGCGAAAUCGGCGGCGAAUAGAGAGCUUCGCGCGUGGCCAACAGAGAAUUUGCGCGCAGAGGAACGACAAGGCUGAGCGCGCAUUAGGGAGAAACGCCGGCUGAAGACAGAACCGAGCUGGGACUUCCACGGAACGGCACGUGGGUGGAUUCCAUGGCCAGAGCGAGCACUGCUGAAGGGGACCGAGCUCGACAAAGGCGCGAGCGAGCAGAGGGCAAAACGCGGGGGAAAACUGGAGGGGAGCUUGGCGGCCAUGGCUGGAGCGCCGCAGCGCGCGACGCUGGGAGAUCGGCAUGGCGCAGGCGCGCAGGGAACUUCACGGCUGGAAGGAGACCAGAGAGAGAGAGACGCGGUGCAGGGGAGCUUCAGGGAAGAACGGCGCCAUGGGAGCUUCGACGGCGGCUAUGGAUAGCGAAAGCUGUGCGCGGCCAGCCGAGGAGCAAGGACGACCGCGGUCUGGCGAGCUGGAGGCCAAGGUAUAACCAGAGGAGCUUGGCGAGGGCAGAGCUUCAUGGCUGCACGAUGCUGAAACGACCAGGCGAGGUCGACCACUGCAGGGGCGGCAGCCAAGCACGACGAGCAGGGAAGUACGCCCAAGAAAAGCUGAGCACGGAGGGAGAAGAACUGGAGCGUGCUGAGGAGGAACUGUUGCGCGCCUGCCGUUCGGCAUGGUGAAGA